AGGGAAUUCAAUCAUGGGAUUUGAAGGCGAUAAGGAGGCAAGGGUGACGGCUGAUGGAGCAUGUUCAAUGCGCUCUCAGGCAUGGGAGUUGGCAGCCAAGUUGACCCAACUGCGGUCAACAAUGCCAACACCGCCCUCUGUCACCUUCUCCAUGUUCGGGGUCCUCGAUGGUGGUGUCUACAACAUCUUUGGUCCACGGAUCACCCUAGCAUUAGGCUGUUCCACUUACGUUCUCUACGCUGGUUUUUUCCUCCACUGCGAUCACUACCACAACCAGGCCUUCACCAUUGUUGCUGGUCCCAUUCUCGGCAUCGGUGCAGGACUUCUUUGGGCCGGAGAAGGCGCCAUCAUGACCUCCUACCUCUCAACUGCCCGAAAAGGUAGCUACAUCUCCUUGUUUUGGACUAUCUUCAAUCUGGGAGGUGAGAUUGGCAGACUCACACCGUUCGUCCUCAACUACCAUCGUACAAAAGCGGAAACAGCUCAUGUGCUUCAUGUCUACCGGCGCUUUCCUUUCUUUUCCAUCCUGCAUCCCAGCCGCGUCUUUAGGAAUGAUGAAAGUCGCUGCACCAACAUCAAAUACUCAAGUGUCUCUGCUGAAGCUGUAGAGAUCUUGAGGCUCUUGGAAGAUGCUUCUCCGGCUGGCUGGGCCAGCAAUUUCUUCUACAGCUACCAUUUCAACGACGUCAAUGGCUUGAUGUUCAAUCUGAGGACCAGAGGACUGAACAAUGUGUUAGAUUGGGGUGCACAGAUAAUUGGUUCAAUCGGACUUGGACAAGUUCUGGAAUUCAGUUUUGAGAGCAGGAGGAGGGAGUUGGUCGGGAUCAGCACUGUUGCUCUGCUCGGAACUGCAAUUUGGGGUGGUGGCCUUGCCAACCAGUUGAAUUACUCCUACCAUGAACUGCCAGACCAGCUGGACUUUAAGACCUCCGAAGGUGCUUUUGCCGGACCAUUUGUCUUGCAUUUCUCCCACGGAUUACUGGAUUCUAUGUUUCAGAGCCUUGUAUAUUGGGUGAAUGGAGCACUGGCCGAAGAUUCCGAGACCCUUAGCAGACAUACAGGUUUCUACAAAGGAGUGCAGAGUGCAGGAUCGGAAGUUUCCUGGCAAGUUCAUAAAAACAAGGUGCCAUUGCUCAACCAGUUGAUUGUGAAUUGGUCGCCCCACCUCGGUUAGCUACCCAUUGUUGGCAGUUCUGGUUAUCUUGGCAGUCAAGGAUGAGAACAAAUCUGCGGCUGAUGACCCUCAGUUACCGUCUGCUCCUCGUCUUACAAACGGUGGUUAUAAUGAACAGGGCAAAUCUAC